GUGAAGAAGAGGAGGUUAUGAGAAUAUCGCGAAGGAACGGGUUGCUCUUGCUCUAGCUUGUACAAUAAUAGCUUUAUUAUUGUAUUGUAGGCCGGGCAGUCAACAACCGGGCGAAUUACAGGAGCUCCCUCCCCCGCAAACAGAAAACCGGAGAAAAGGAAAGGUUGUGUACCGGGAAAUUUGGAGACGGCUGCCGCGCCCACGGCUUGCAUGACACGGCGUCAAGAUCUACGGGAGCAGCAGCGCCGCGCAGCUACUGCCGCCGCUACCGCCUUGGCGGACAUGGAAAUGAAGACCAUGAACGGCGCGGCACAUGCGCCGCACGGUAACGGGGCGCUGCAGAAUGGGGCGGCCAAGGGGGUGCUGGUGGUUGGAUUGGACAGCGGCAGCUCCGGGACGACGAGCGAGGAGGACUGGGACGAGCUCUCGGCGGCGGCAGGCUCGCCGGUCCAGGUGGACGGGGGAAAGGACCUUACGAUUCAGGCUGCAUCUGCUUUCCGAGCUGGGGGGCUGCGCGGCUGGCAUCCGCAGCCGCCGGCGUUACGCAUAGAAGGGGCCUCGGCAGCGGCCGCGGCCGAGCCGGUAAAGGGGGCGGCAAGGGGCGUCAUACUCUCGGCCGAGGACACCGCAGCAGUGCGGGACGUGCUAAUGCAGACGAGCCUCCUCCCAGGAGGGGCAGGAGGGUCCCUAUCCUCGUUGCUAUCUUCGCUGGGGGGCAGCGAAGGCGGGAGCGGCGGCGGCAAUGCUGCGGCGACGACGCCAAAGCCACAACGCCGGCGCGGCAAGUUCAGCGACCUGGUGUUUACGCGGACGUUCUCGGCGUUUGACCGGCAGAACCAAGACGCUGCCAACAGUCCGUUCCACGGUUUCUACACGCUUUUUUGGAUUGCCGUUUUCUUCUUCGUCGUCAAAAUUGGCGCCGACAACUGGCGCACAUACGGGUCUUGGCUAGGCACCAACGAGAUCAUGCAGACCAUGUUCCGGCGGGACUUGCUCGUCCUGCUCAUCGCCGACGGCGUCAUGUGCGCGGCCACGGGCGUGAGCUGGCUGUUACAACGCGCCAUCCGUGCAGACUACGUGAACUGGGACCGCUCGGGAUGGGUAAUACAGAACGUCUGGCAAACAAUCUUCAUCGGUGCGGUGAUCGGGCUGACGCUGUGGAGAGAUUGGCCGUGGUCCCACACGGUCUUCUUCGUGAUGCACGGGCUCGUCAUGGUGAUGAAGCAGCACUCAUACGCCUUCUAUAACGGCUACCUCUCGUCGGCAUACGAGAAGCGGUCGCACCUACUAGCAGCGCUCAAGCAGCUCGACAAUAUUUCGCCCGUGCAAACGCCGUCGCAAACAGAGCCGCCCGUCUCGGCUAUUUCGACAUCGCAUCUCGCCAGUGUCCCUUCGGCCUACCACUACAAGGAGCGACGCCGGUCAAUGGCCGGCGCGCAGGUGCCCGAGAUCGACCGGAUAGCCAACGCCAUUAGCUCAGGCGAGCCCCUCGACGAGGAGCAGGUAUACGUCUUCGAGCGUAUUCUCAAGUGGGAGGUGGACGCGCUCUCCGACGAACUGCGUGGCAAGUCGACGGUGGCGACGCGCGCGUACCCCAACAACCUCACAUUGCUGAACCACUAUGAGUUCAUCGUGCUGCCGACGCUCGUGUAUGAGCUCGAGUACCCGCGGUCCGAGUCGAUACACUGGUCGUACGCGGCCGAGAAGAUCGCCGCGUGCUUCGGCAUCAUCUUCGUCAUGAUCAUGGUGUCGCAGGCCUUCAUCUACCCGGUGGUCAUCGACAUGGUUCGCAUGAAGGAGGCCGGGGUUCCGCUCGCGGGCCGCUUCGCACGGUUCCCGGGCAUGCUCACCGAGCUCAUCUUCCCCUUCAUGAUGGAGUACCUGCUAGCGUGGUACCUGAUCUGGGAAACGAUUCUCAACUUUCUUGCGGAGUUGACCUUCUUCGCUGACCGCAGCUUCUACGACGCCUGGUGGAAUUCCGUAUCGUGGGAUCAGUUCGCCCGAGACUGGAAUCGGCCGGUCCAUAAUUUUCUUUUGCGACACGUCUACCACAGCUCCAUCUCGGCCAUGAAGGUCGACAAGCACACAGCCACCCUCAUCACUUUCUUCCUGUCGGCCUGCGUGCACGAGCUCGUCAUGUGGUGCAUCUUUAAGAAGCUGAGAGGUUACCUGCUCUUUCUUCAGAUGUGCCAGCUUCCGCUGGUGAGGUUGAGCAGGACAAAGUACCUCCGUAAUCGUGCGACGCUGGGAAAUAUGAUGUUUUGGAUGGGUAUCUUCACGGGCCCAAGUAUUCUCUGCAGCCUAUACCUGAUCCUGUGACGGCGAGCCUUCCUCGGAGAAAACCCCCAGGCUAGCCCGAGCCACAGGGCAGCUAUGCAUUUCGCGUUAUCAUCCAGCGAGUUAACAUUCCACCUUUUUUGUUCACACGACAUGCCCUAGCAAGCUUCACAUGCCAUGCAAAUGCGCAUCAGCUGCAGGCAGGAGGCUACUGUGGCCAACGAUGGAGAAUAAUAGAAGGGUGCAAAGUUUAAAGUUAAAGUUCAAGUAGAUAGAAAUAAACAUUAAUUAAAUGCAAAA